GCAAGUAAUGCUUGGGCUCCGAUGCCAUGGAAAACCAAGGGUGCAAUUGCGAGCUGCCGGGAGGGAUCCAGGAGCCGCAAGAGCCGCUGGAGCUACAGCAAGACCUCGUGGAUGCGCCGAGGCGUCGCAAUGAACAGCGUCGCAGAUUAAGGACGCGGCAAAGUUCAGCAUUUUUUGAGGCAACUCGAUGUUUGCAGCUGUUGCAGCCUGUGCCGUCAUGUUCGAGCAGGAAAUCAGAAGACAGCGCAGUCAUGUUGCGAAUAUACGAUGUCAUGGGUGCCGAGGUAGUCUCUGGGCUGAAUUGCCUAUGCCGGGUCAUCGGCACUGGUGCCUUUCAUGCCGGUGUGGAGGUCUAUGGCUUGGAGUGGUCGUUUGGAUUUUCAGAGGACGGAAGUGGAGUUUUCAGCUGUACGCCUGGCGAAUGUGGCGGACAUGCAUAUCGAGAGGCAGUUUCGAUGGGGGAAACCUCUUUGGGAGAGGAGGAUGUGAUGAUUCUUCUUAGCACGCUGGCACAAGACUGGCAAGGCAGUGACUACGAUAUUUUGCGUCGAAAUUGCUGCCACUUUAGCGAUGCAUUGUGCAGGCAGUUGCAAGUGGGUCACAUUCCGGGCUGGGUGACCAACCUGGCUGGUGCUGGAGCGAAAGUCGAAGCUGGGCUUCGGAAUGCUGUCUCCCAUGUUCAUGCAGCAGCAGUGAUAGCUGCAGCAAAGGCCAUGGAGAUCGAAGAGGAGUUGAACAUCAAACAAACUGUGUCCGAAGGUGCCCAUCAUUUGCUAGAGCGGAGUUUUGAGCUGGACCAAAGGUAUGCCAUCAGCGAAUCCGCUUCUGAGUUGGCUACAAAUGCAGGCCGUGCAGCUGCGGAUGCAGUGGAGCAAGUCAAUGAUGCAACUUCUACAGUCGUUAACAAGGUGACUGAGGCGGCGUUGCAACGCUCUGCUUCACUGGCGUACGACGUGGCGGCUCAGGUAACCCCACCAAUCCUGGGAUACAUGUGUCUAGGGGCUCGCAAGCAAGAUCGUCAACGACGCAUUCGUUCCUGAGAUGAAUCAAAGGAGGGGAAAGCAAAAGCUACAGCAGCUACAGAUCUAGACCACAACUUUGCAUUCCCCUUCGACCUUGAUGCCGUUAAUGACUUUGUGGCGACAAGAGGAGCAACAGCUCUUGCCUGGCCGCAUAUUUCGACGUUGACUUUGGCGUCGACAAUUUCUUUAGCUAAAGGAUGCAAUCAGGUGGGAGUGGACGAAGUCCACGAUCCCUCCCUGCAUGGCUUCAGUUUGGAUAAAAACUCUGUAAAGGCUCUGUGAAGCACUCAGUUUCUUGCUGGUUCGGAAAA